GACGUCUGUAAGCGAACUAUAAGACCUUCGGCGACGACGUUAGUAACCCUACUGGAGCUUCCAGCAGAUCGCGGCAGAAGUGCGACGUUCGUCUUUCAGCAGAUCGUCAUGCCUUUCCAGAGGUACGUGGAGAUCGGGAGGGUAGCGCUCGUCAACUAUGGGAAGGAGUAUGGGAGACUUGUUGUUAUUGUCGAUGUCAUCGAUCAGAAUCGAGCCUUAGUUGAUGCUCCUGACAUGGUUCGAGGACAAAUGAACUUCAAAAGGCUGUCGCUGACUGAUAUCAAGAUUGAAAUCCCCCGAAUUCCCAAGAAGAGCAAACUGAUCGAGGCUAUGGAAGCAGCUGAUGUGAAGAAUAGAUGGGAGAAGAGCUCUUGGGGGAGGAAGCUGAUUGUGCAAAAGAGGAGAGCUGAACUGAAUGAUUUUGAUAGAUUUAAGGUCAUGUUGGCUAAAAUUAAGAGAGGAGAUUCCAUCCGACGUGAGCUUUCAAAGCUAAAGAAGAGUGCUUCAAAGUGAGGCUUUUGAAGAAUUAAUGGCUGAUUCUGUUCCCAUUAUUGCAGGAUUAAGUUGAGUGUCUACCAACCGUUAGAAAAAUUGUAGUUUUGGUCGGUGUUAUGAACUUUUGUGGAUUCUUUAAAGUUUGACGUUUU